UGGGACUUCCGGUCUCGUGGUUCCGCGUGCCUCCAGAGUGAAGCCCGGCGCUGAGAACUGGAUGUGAGGUGCGGUGGCCCGGCCCUAAGGCCGCCCGGGUGCCGUGUUCGGCUGGCUGCCACAGCCUCACCCUUUCAGGGCGCCUGCGGACCCCAGUGUGCAGUCAGCAGGUCGGGGGACGCCAUGGAAGCACCACCUCCCUCGCCCCGCAGCUUCCUUUGUGGGGCCAGGGUUCCUUUCCCCCGCGUCUUGGCGGCCUGUGCUGUGGCUCCGGAUUCCCAAGUCCCGGUGGAGAAUCGGAAGCUGCCUUCCUAUCUCUCAGAGCCUAGUUACCCGGAAUCCGGAUGGGACCGCCUCUGGCAGCUGUUUGUCAAAGAUGAACAACAGAGAAUGUCAAAGGAACUUGACAAUAUCUGUAGGGCAGCAGUUUCAGCAGGCGUCAUUGGAUGGGCAUAUGGAGGAAUACCAGCUUUCAUUCAUGCUAAAAACCGCUACAUUGAGCAAAGUCAAGCAGAAAUUUAUCAUAAUCGAUUUGAUGCUGUGCAAAGUGCACACCGCGCUGCCACACGAGGCUUCAUUCGAUAUGGCUGGCGCUGGAGUUGGAGAACUGCAGUGUUUGUGACUUUAUUUAACACAGUGAACACUGGACUGACUGUUUAUCGAAAUAAAAAUGCCCUCAGCCACUUUGUCAUUGCAGGAGCUGUCACAGGAAGUCUUUUCAGAAUAACCUUGGGCAUUCAAGGCCUGGUAGCUGGUGGUAUAAUUGGAGCCUUGUUGGGCAUGCCUAUGGGAAGCCUGGUGAUGGCAUUUCAGAAGUACUACGAUGAGUCAAUUCAGGAGAGAAGGCAGAAGGACCAGAAGGCACUGCAGGAGCAGAAACUGCAGGAGUGGAAAACGAGACUGCAGUUUACUGAGCUCCUCCCUGAGGAAAUUGAAAGUCACUUAGAGAGAAAUCAACCUGAAGAGGAUGCUAAGAAAAUUGAAGCCCUGCUAAACCUUCCUAGAAACGCUUCAUCACCAGAUAUGGAGAACAAGGACUGAGAGCACUUGGGCUUAGAACUCACUGGGGCGCUACAGAUAUUUGUCCAGGUAUGCCAGUUUUGGGCUACUCUUUGUCAGUCCGCUGGCCGAUGGGAACUCUCGAAUCUGUGGUAGCAGCAACUUGUUCUAAGAAUCAAAGGUGAUUCCUAUGCAAUUUGAAAUAGAAUGUGAUUUAACGAAAGGAAGGAAGUCAACAUUAUUAAAGAAACAGUCUGACUUCUCUCCUUGGUAUUGCUGACAGCACCUAUGCGGCAGUAUGGAGGAACUGCUUAGAAGAGUCAUGCCAUGCCUACACUAAGGAGCUCGCCGCCUCAUUGGGUAGCUAUCCUACAGAUUUCAACUGAGCACAGAUGAGAAGGAACACAAGACUGAAUGAAAUGUGCAGUCGUUUCCCCCUCCCUUGUCUAUGAUUUUGCUUUCUGCAGUUUAGUUACUGUGGUCUGAAAAUAUGUAAUGGAAAAUUCUAGGAAUAAACAGUUCCUAAGUUUUAAAUUGUCUGCCUUUCUAGGUUGCAUGAUAAACUUUCACUCCAUGCCUCCUGAGAGGAGGACAUUCCUUAUGUCUGGCAGGUCCCUACUACACCUGUCCAUUUGUCACUUAGUAGUCUUGGUUAUCAAAUUGGGUAUGUGGAAUGACAGUACUUCUGUUCAAAUACUGCUGAUUUUACUUAAUAAUGGCUCCAAAAUGCACAAGUAGCAAUGCUGACAAUUCAGAUGUACUAAAGACAACUGCAAAGUGUUCCCUUGAGGUGAAGGAGUGAGUGUUACUGACAUAGAGGAUCCUGUAUUACAGGCAGCUUCAGGCACCCAGUAUGGUCUUAGAGUAUAUCCCAUGGAUCCUGGAGAGCUAAUCUACUGAGGGGAAGAAACUGCUAGCUUUUUAAUUUGGAGCUGGACUUACCUGCUUCUCUUAAGAAUAUGAUUUCAGGGGCUAGAGAGAUGGCUCAGUAGUUAAGAGCACUGGCUGUUCUUGCAGAGGACCUGGGUUUGAUUCCUAGCACCCACAUGGUGGCUAACAA